AUGCACACGCCGUGUUCAGUUCGCGUUCGACUGCGUAACUAGUUGGAUGUGUUCGGCAGCCGGGAGGAAAAUACAAAUAAAAAUAACUUUAUUUUGAUUCCAUUGUUCUGUACUGGCAUAUAAUCGCAUUGAAACGUGUUUAACUUAAAUUUAAAUAAGGUGCCAGUGAUUGCUACGUGACUUAAGUGUAAUCAUGCAUUUUCAAUGUUAAAAAACUGCUGAGUCAUUAAUGUCACACAAGUGUCACCGAAUCGCCUGAAAUGCAACACGAGCCUCUCACGCGACAUUAAAGUACAAAUUGCAAAUCGCCAGACAAUCUACAAUCCGUUCUCGAAUAACUGGAAUUUUAUCUACACCAUAAUCAUGGAUCCAAUCAGUGCGAGCUGUUACAGUCUACACAUAGAAGAUGGCGGCCUUAAAAAAGACGGCAUCCGCAAACAAGAAGAACUCUUCGUCGAAAUGAUCGUCAGCAACGCAUCACUAAGCCGCUUUGAAGCCCGCAAUGUCAAAACAUUAAUACCACAAAUAAUAGCAACCGCUAUCUCAGCAUCUUUCCACCUCGUGGUAGGCAUGUCACUCGCAUACUCCGCCAUCUUAGUCCCACAGUUAGAAGAUGGCAGCACUGAUCUAACCGCAACCAAAGCAGAAACAACAUGGAUAGCAAGUGUAAUCGUAAUCGCUGUGCCUAUCGGUGCCUUAUUCGGCGGAUUCAUAAUGGACGCCAAGGGACGCCUGAACACAAUCAAACUAUCAACGAUACCUGUUUUACUCGGCUGGGGGUUAAUAGCAACCGCAAAUAGUGUCACCAUGAUAUUAAUCGGCAGAAUACUCACUGGUUUGGGAGCUGCGUGGUUUAGCAGUCCUGCAGUUGUAUACAUCACAGAAAUCGCUCGUCCUGACAUCCGUGGAUCUUUAAUAUCAUCAGCACCUGCUUUUGCAUCAUUAGGAAUGGUUUUGGCUUACUUGAAAGGCUGGUUCUUCAGCUGGCGUACAACCGCAUGGCUCGCCAACGCCUACGUGAUCAUCCCUGCAAUCCUCAUCAUGUUCAUACCAGAAAGCCCGGCGUGGCUUGUCUCUAAAGGCCGCAUCGACGAAGCACGUCGUUCACUCGAGUGGAUAAACCGAUAUCAACCUAAAACACACGAUGAAAAGCAAAGAACACUGUCAGAAAUGCAACUUGACUUGCUCAUCAAGGACAAAAAGACAAAAGACGACGAGAACGCCCUCUCUACAAACAGCAGCGCUGGCCGAACUGCAAGAGCACUACUAAAACCAACCGGAAUCAAACCAAUUCUCAUCCUAGCAGGAUUAUUCUUCUUUCAAGACUUCUCCGGAGUGUACGUCACGUUAUUCUAUUCAGUCACAUUCUUCGUGGAGAUGGGAGCAACUGUAAAUCCAUACCUAGCGUCGGUUUUGAUUGGUUUAGUCAGGUUUAUCAUGUCUAUGGUUAAUACUUACUUAUUGAAGAGAUAUAAGAGGAGACCACUGGUGAUGACGAGCUGUGCAGGCAUGGCUGUAUGCAUGUUCAUCUGUGGAUUGUAUACGUAUUGGAUAAAAACAGGAAGUUCAACACAAACAUGGAUUCCUGUGCUGUUUUUGUUGAUGUAUGUCCUCACAUCGAUGAUUGGUAUGUUGCCUAUACCUUGGACGAUGACAGCUGAGUUGUUCCCAUUGGAGAUUCGAGGGAUUGGGCAUAGUAUAUCGUAUAGUUUGGCGAAUCUGUUGAUGUUUGCUUCGUUGCAAUGUUAUCGACCACUGGAUGCGAUGCUAGGUGGCGCGCAUGGUAUUUUGUGGUUUUUUGCAGGGAUUUCCCUGUUGGGGAUUUUGUAUGCGUUUGUUUUCUUGCCGGAGACGCACGGGAUGAAGCUGAAGGAUAUUCAGGAGUAUUUCGAGCAUAAUUUUAUUUUCCUUGGGCAGGAGAAGGUGGUUAAAGUGGAGGUUAAGAGUAGGGUUGAGGGUAGUGAUGGGAAGAUGGAGCCGGAGUUGAGGAAGCAGUUGAUUGAAGGUAAUAUGGCGGCUGCUUAGGUUUUUAUAGAGAAUUUUAGGUUAUUUUUUGAUGAUUUGAUUUUUUUGGUUAUACGAACAAAAAUGAAUAAAAUGGUGGUUAGAUGGACGCCAUUGUAAUUUUACAGUAUUAACUAUUUUAUAUUUAUGAGUAAUUUAUGAUUAAUUUAUGCUUUUAUUUAUAAUUUUAAUUUAUUUUUAUGAUUUAGGUUUGAUUUGAUUUUGUAGGUUAGGUAAUGUUGAUAAUAGUGUGAUAACGGAUGUGAUACAUGUUGAUAAUGAGGUGAUGAUGAGAUGAUAUGCACAAACUUAAAUGUUUAUAUUCAGGAUAUGAUGAUAUUGUUAAUAAUGUGUACGCAAUUUGGUAAAAUGUAAAAAUUAAAGUUUUGAGAAAUGA